GUCCACAGGUCCACAGGUCCAAAGGUCCACAGAGUCCACAGGUCCACAGAGUCCACAGGUCAACAGAGUCCACAGAGUCCACAGAGUCCACGGAGUCCACGGAGUCCACAGGUCCACAGAGUCCACAGGUCCACAGAGUCCACAGAGUCCACAGGUCCAAAGAGUCCACAGGUCCACAGGUCCACAGGUCCACAGGUCCACAGAGUCCACAGAGUCCACGGGUCGAUAGAGUCCACAGGUCCACCGAGUCCACAGAGACCACAGAGUCCACAGUUCCACAGGUCCACAGGUCCACAGAGUCCACAGAGUCCACAGGUCCACAGGUCCACAGGUCCACAGAGUCCACAGCUCCACAGAGUCCACAGAGUCCACAGGUCCACAGGUCCACAGGUCCACAGGUCCACAGAGUCCACAGGUCCACAGAGUCCACAGAGUCCACAGAGUCCACAGAGUCCACAGGUCCACAGGUCCACAGGUCCACAGAGUCCACGGAGUCCACAGGUUCACAGAGUCCACAGGUCCACACAGUCCACAGAGUCCACAGAGUCCACAGAGUCCACAGGUCCACAGAGUCCACAGAGUCCACAGAGUCCACAGAGUCCACAGGUCCACAGACUCCACAGAGUCCACAGGUCGAUAGAGUCCACAGAGUCCACAGGUCCACAGGUCCACAGGUCCACAGAGUCCACAGGUCCACGGAGUCCACGGAGUCCACAGGUCCACAGAGUCCACAGAGUCCACUGGUCCACAGAGUCCACAGGUCCAUAGAGUCCACAGAGUCCACAGGUCCACAGAGUCCACAGAGUCCACUGGUCCACAGAGUCCACGGAAUCCACAGGUCCACAGAGUCCACAGGUCCAAAGAGUCUACAGAGUCCACAGGUCCACAGAGUCCACAGAGUCCAAUGGUCCACAGAGCCCACAGAGUCCACAGGUCCACAGCUCCACAGGUCCACAGGUCCACAGAGUCCACAGGUCCACAGAGUCCACAGAGUCCACAGGUCCACAGGUCCACAGGUCCACAGAGUCCACAGGUCCACAGAGUCCACAGAGUCCACACAGUCCACAGAGUCCACAGAGUCCACAGGUCCACAGGUCCACAGGUCUACAGAGUCCACAGAGUCCACAGGUCCACGGAGUCCACGGAGUCCACAGGUUCACAGAGUCCACAGGUCCACAGAGUCCACAGAGUCCACAGGUCGAUAGAGUCCACAGGUCCACAGAGUCCAAGGAGUCCACAGAGUCCACAGAGUCCACAGGUCCACAGAGUCGACAGAGUCCACAGGUCGACAGAGUCCACAGGUCAACAGAGUCCACAGAGUCCACAGGUCGAUAGAGUCCACAGGUACACAGAGUCCACAGGUCCACAAAGUCCACAGAGUCCACCGGUCCACAGAGUCCACGGAGUCCACAGGUCCACAGAGUCCACAGGUCCACAGAGUCCACAGAGUCCACAGGUCCACAGAGUCCACAGAGUCCACUGGUCCACAGAGUCCCCAGAGUCCACAGGUCCACCGGUCCACAGGUCCACAGGUCCACAGAGUCCACAGGUCCACGGAGUCCACAGAGUCCACAGGUCCACAGGUCCACAGGUCCACAGGUCCACAGAGUCCACAGGUCCACAGGUCCACAGGGCCACAGAGUCCACAGGUCCACAGAGUACACAGAGUACACAGAGUCCACAGGUCCACAGGUUCACAGGUCCACAGAGUCCACAGAGUCCACAGGUCCACAAAGUCUACAGAGUCCACAGGUCCACAGGUCCACAGGUCCACAGAGUCCACAGGUCCACAGAGUACACAGAGUCCACAGGUCCACAGGUUCACAGGUCCACAGAGUCCACAGAGUCCACAGGUCCACGGAGUCCACGGAGUCCACAGGUUCACAGAGUCCACAGGUCCACAGAGUCCACAGAGUCCACUGGUCCACAGAGUCCACAGAGUCCACAGGUCCACAGGUCCACAGGUUCACAGAGUCCACAGGUCCACAGAGUCCACAGAGUCCACAGGUCCACAGGUCCACAGGUCCACAGAGUCCACAGGUCCACAGAGUCCACAGAGUCCACAGGUCCACAGGUCCACAGGUCCACAGAGUCCACAGGUCCACAGAGUCCACAGAGUCCACAGAGUCCACUGGUCCACAGAGUCCACAGGUCCAUAGAGUCCACAGAGUCCACAGGUCCACAGAGUCCACAGGUCUACAGCCUCACCAGUUUACACUUCUUU